CUCACUAAAAAGUAAAUACUCAAAGUGGAACUGAUGUCGAGUUUUGCUAGUCGAACACUUGCGUCAUUAUACCAUAAUGUGCCUGUCUCUUGAGAAAUGGCUCGUCCCAGCCAUGACAUCACGAGUUAGAACAAUGGCCCCAUGGGACAUUCAGCAAAGUAAUUAGUAGCUAUGAUUACAACGCAACCUGAACGAUAACAAGAGGGGAACCAUUAAACAAACCAUGGCCAAGACAGACAGAGACAACUUCCUCUCGCACGCCAGCGCGCGGGCCUCCGCGCUGCGCGACCACAUCUUCUCCCUCCCCGCGGACGAGUUCCGCGACAAGCCAUGGAAGCUGGUGGGCGCGAUUGAGGACUUUGCCCGCACCAGUGAGCUGCCCAUGACGAUCCAGGCGUCCAAGGUCGGCGUCAUCCGCGGCGCCAUGGCCGCCAUGGACCCGACGCCGAGGCUGGUCCUCGAGUUCGGCACCUUCGUCGGCAGCUCCGCGCUGGCCUGGGGCGCCACGCUGCGCGACUUCCACGGCAACGCCGGCGGUGGUGAUAGUGGCUUGAGGGUGUUCACCUUCGAGGCUGACCAGCAAGUCGCACAGAUUGCGAGGGAUCUGGUGGAGCUUGCUGGGCUGGAGGAGCUUGUCUUGGUGCUGGAUGGGAAGGGGUCGGCGUCGGUGAGGCAGCUGCACGACGAGGGCUUGGUCGGGGAGGGUAAGGUCGACAUGGUGUUUCUCGACCACUGGGAGGAGUGCUACCUGCCUGACCUGAGGCUGUGCGAGGAGCUGAAGCUGUUCCACAAGGGGUCCGUCGUCAUUGCCGACAACACCGAUUUCCCGGGCGCGCCGGCGUACGUGGAUUAUGUGAAGAAGGGGGGGAGUGGGGAGAGCGGUGCUGUCCGCUACCAGAGCCAGUCGGUCGAUGCUAGUGACACCAACCUAGCUAAAAUCGUUGAAAUCAGCAAGGUGAUAGAAAUAUGAACGGCUGAGAAGACGAUGUUGCCACCAUGGUUAAUUAGAGACUAGGCUAGAGGAUGUAAUUGGCUUCUAAUUAAUUAUUAUAUUUACUCCUAUUACUCCGCGUUUCUUCGGUGUAAU